AUGGCGCAGAAGUCUUUCAUAGGUCUGCUUCCUAAUCUCUGUCGACAGACAUUAGUCCAGAAGGUUGUGCGAGUUAAUCACGCUGCAGAAUAUGUUACCUGUGAUAUAUACGCAGGACAGAUUUUGGCUUCAAAAGGGUCUACGGAGUGCUCAGUUUUUGAACAGUUUCAGAAGCAAAAGAAAGAAAAUCUUAGAAAAAUGGAACGUUUUUGUGCGAAACACGAAGUUACCCCGUCGUUGUUAGUCCCCUUAUAUCACUGUGUUGCAUAUAGUUUGGGUUUUAUAACUGGUCGUUUGGGGACGUCGACGGCAAUGGGCUUAUCAGCGGUUCUUGAGGAAGUCGCUGCUCAAAAUCACAACGAACAGAUUAAGGACCUCAUUGAAGACGAUCCCGAAACCGACACCGCAUUGCUGCAGGUAAAAAGUGUCAAAAUUAGUCAAUAUUCCUAUCUUGUAAAGAAUAUAUUUCCUUCUUAUGUUCUCCAUGACUACUAACU